CCAGCUUUGAAGUUUUCCGGGAGGGGGAUUCCCAAUAGCGCGGGUUAUUGGAGGACGCCUCCGGCUCUGGCUUGGGGCGCCCUCCCUUGUCCAGUUCGUGCUGUGCGGAGCGAUCCGGAAGGAGAAAAUCGGCUCAGCAGAGGCCCCUGCAAUGAAACAUUGGGUUAUUUUCCUUUGGGGUGUUCUCCCUUUUGAAACAUGUCGUCUCCUCGUCACUCCCCGCCGCCUGCUCUUGGACUUGGAUUUCUAAUCUCAUUCGUCUGACCCUUUUCCUUGGUUUGGCGGUUGAGGGUGGGCAGGGAGCAGGUGCAGGUGGCCGGCAGCGUUCACGGAAGGAGUCUGGCGGAGCGAGUAGGCGGAGUUGACCUGGAAACCUGUCCUUGGCCUCUGUCCUUUCUAAGGAACUCACCUCCCAGAGCCUGCCGGCACAGGAUUGGUGGGGCACCCUCCUAGGAGCAGAGAAAAUGGCGUCUUUCAGGCAGCUUUCCUUGGGGGUGAAGGCCGCCCUCGCUGCUGGCACUGUCUUCGGGUCCAUGGUCGUCUCCCGCUCCUAUCUGGCAGGGAGCCUUGAGCUCAGGGCCUGGCGUUGGCUCUUCCGCCUGCAGCUUGCCCUCUUUGUCAACUCGCUCAUGCUCAUUGGCUCCCUGUACAUCUGGCGUAGCACAGUGAGUAACCUCUGCCACUCCCCCGUUGCGGAGUCGGCCUGCUUUCGACUUUGGAAGAUAGUUGUCAUGGCUUUUCUGGCCCUGGCCCACUCCAGUUUCUUCACCAUGCUUUUUUUAGUGGCCGAGGAGCCCUACCUCUUUUCCUUGGCUGCUUACUCCUGCCUGGGGGCCUACAUCAUCAUGCUCUUCUUUCUCUGCAUCCUCAGUGGCAUGGAGCAGGCCUACCAGCUCUUGGCCUGGCGCAGUGGCAGGGCUGUCAGCAGCCUUGACAAGACAAGGAAACUGGCACUCAGGCCCGCGCUGGCAGUGGCGGUGACCGCCAUGCUCAGCGUGCUUGGGCUCCUGAACGCUGCCCAGCCCCCGGCUGUGAAAACUGUGGAGGUGCCUAUCCAUCAGCUGCCCCCUGCUAUGAAAAACCUCAAGAUUGUGCUCCUCUCAGACAUUCACUUGGGCCCCACGGUGGGCAGGACCAAGAUGGAGAUGUUCGUGAGGAUGGUGAACGUGCUAGAACCAGACGUCACGGUGAUCGUGGGUGACCUCUCUGAUUCGGAAGCCUCGGUCCUGCGGACGGCGGUCUCUCCCCUGGGCCAGCUUCGUUCACGUCUGGGCACCUACUUUGUCACGGGCAAUCAUGAGUACUACACGUCGGACGUCAGUAAUUGGUUUGCACUACUCGAAUCCCUGCAUGUGCAGCCCCUUCACAAUGAGAACGUGAAGAUUUCUGCCACAGGGGCCCAAAGUGGUGGUGGUGGUGGUGGUGGUGGUGGUGAAGGUGACGACUGGAUCUGCUUGGCUGGAGUGGACGAUAUUGAAGCUGAUAUUCUGCACUACUCUGGCCAUGGCAUGGAUCUCGUCAAGGCACUGGAGGGCUGCAGCCCAGACCACACCACCAUCCUGCUGGCUCACCAGCCCCUGGCUGCCAAGAGAGCCCUCCAGGCUCGGCCAGAUAUUAACCUCAUCCUUUCUGGGCACACACAUGCUGGCCAAAUCUUCCCCUUGAACGUGGCAGUCUAUCUCCUGAACCCCUUCUUUGCAGGCCUCUACAGAGUGGCCCAGACCACUUUUGUGUAUGUCAGCCCAGGCACUGCCUACUAUGGAAUACCCAUGAGGUUGGGGAGCAGGGCGGAGAUUACGGAGCUCCUCCUGCAGUGGGAUCCCUGAGGACUCCUCUCUGCUCUCACCCUUCGCCCUCUCCUUCCCUCUUCAGAGUGGUUUGCCUGCUUUAUCCCCUCCAGCCUUUCUUGCCCAGCCCUGCCCACACAGCCUUGAACAUAAGCCUGGUGUGAUGUGAUCUCUGGUAGAACUGCCUGGAAAAUUCAGACUGAUUAACUCUUCAGAUGGCCAGUGCUUUUUUAUAUGCACUUGUGAGGCAGCUACAGUCAUAUAUAUGCAUAGAACGUGCAUGUUCUUUCCAGAUGGUGUUAAAUGAAGCCCUUCUCCUAUGCAGAGUUCACAGGGAUGAACCAGAACAUAGGGUCACUUUAUAGGAAGUAGGAGUAGGAAGUAAGGAAGGGGCAGGAAAAUUUUCCUCUUGGUGUUUUAAAACCAUCUUUAGGACUUAGGCUUCUUCCAGAAUCAUUGAUCCAGAGCUUUUCUGCAGAGGGAGCUGUGUUGCUAAGUAAUUUGGGAGAGGCGUCAGAUACGGGGCCCUCUGGCUUCUUUUCCCUUUUGGCCCUAUUAGAGUUGCCUUUAUUGUGGGCAUCAGCAGAAUCUGCUGGAGUGCAGGACUCAACCUGUGCCAGGCCGUGAGUGAUGCUGUUUUGCUGUUUGGACUCCUGAGCCUUGGGUUGGGGGAAGGCAGAAAGAAAUACGAGCCCUGUGGUAGGUGAUGGUAAUAGUAUUGCUGCUUAGGAAUUCAGGAUUUGUUUUGUUUUGUUUUGUUUUUGCCUCCUUCAUCUCAUUUUAACACCUGGGUAAGGUAAUUGGAGACUGGCUACUUUUCCCCACAUGAAGAUGAGGAAACUGAGGCAAAGAGAGGGAGAGCACUGGCAAUGUAACAAGGCAUGUGGGUGAUUCAGGGCUAGAAACCAGGUCUUCUAUCUCCCAAUAAAAGUGUUUUUUCAGCUGUCUGAGGGUUAAGUGUCUGUAUCUGUUACUGGUGAGUGCAGGGUUCAAAUGCAAGUUAAUUUUGUAAAGAGAAGGAACAAGAGCCUGAUGCUCUUUCCAAAUGAUUUGCUUAAGGCUGAGUUCAGUCUCCCCAUAAUUACAUAGACCAGGGCCUGGGGGUAGUCAGCUACUUUGCCUGUAGGAUGUCUCUUACGUUUUAAGAGGAGUCAGGACACUGGAACUGCUCCCUCUCUCCAGGUUGGGGUCUGGUUUGGGAGAGAAGCUGAGAAGUUCAUUCUCUACCAAUGGGGAAGUUGAGGCUUGAAUGGGGAGUGGCUUGCCUCCCACUCAGCUCUGGCUGUGGAAUGCUGGGUCUGUCCUUCCCACUGGGCAGCUUCCAACCAACCUGCUUGACCUCCUAAGAGCUGCCCUUGGGCUCUGGCCACAGACUGGUAGAGCCAUCUCUGCUGGCAUGGAGACUUGCAGGACAGGCAAGGGUGACUGAGUCUGGAGUCGACCCACCCCUAUUGGCCUGGCCGUGGGAUGGAAAAGAUCCACUCCUGUUCAGAAACACCUCACUGCAUCAUCUCAGAAAACUGAGGACCUGGGCCUGGCAUUGCCUUUUUUUUUUUGCUUUUUUUUUUUUUUUUUUUUUGUGACUAAGAGUCUUUUUCCAACAGGAAGCAGAUAUGUGCACUCUGACGAGGAGGCCCACCCUACCACCCACUGGUUGGGCAAGUGACUUGACCUUGCUGAGCCUCUGUUUUCCUGAACCAUAAAAUGGGUAUAUUUAUUGUAUCUACCUCAAGAUUGUUUUGUUGGGCAGGUAUUAAGACAUGGAGCAUGAGUUGUACAUGACACAGUGCACACAGAAAGCACCCAGUGCCAUGUUAUGUUGAUUUUUAAACAUCCCUUUGGAGUCUUUGCUAAGGAGCCCUUCCCUGUAAGUCUCGAACACAGAUGCCAAGGGAAUUGAUGGAGCAGCCAAUGCUGGGAAUGUGAGUGGGCAGCAGGCCACCCAGUGGAUUUGUCAAAGCAGCAACUGCUGGGGUUUUGUUUUUCCCUGCCUGUGUUAAUGUCUUCUGUGCACACUCUGCCUGGCCAGAGCCCAUUUUCCUCCCUGUCCACUGGUAUAUAAUGGGGUCUGUGGGGGAUCCUGGAGACUACUCCCUUCUGUUCCCUAGCAGCCAAGGUAUCUGACAGUGGGCCACCCAGUCAAGUUCAAAAUGUAAGUUUGAGUCAAGAUUUCAGUGUUUUCCCUACCACCCCCCUCCUUUUGUUUAAUCAUCCUUAAAGCCAGCAAAGAGUUUGGAGAGAAAUAGUAGAAUUUCAGAGCCUGGGAAGGGAUCCUGGAGAAUCUUUUUUUUAUAACAGAUUUUGCAGAUGGUGGGAUUGUAGGAGAGGGGAAGUGCCUUGCCCAGGUUGGUGGCCCAGAGCUGAUGUUCCCCAAUUCCCUCCAUCGUGCUCCCUUCUCCAUGGCACCAUGCACUGCUCACCACCCCUCCUGGCCUCAGCGGGGCCACUCUUGCAAACACUCACUAUUUGUAACCCAACUCCAUUUUUUGGAUCAUUUUUAUUGGCUCUUAGUUCUCUUUUGUUUUGGAUUACACUAGAUUAGACACGUUGGGCAGAUCCUGCUGCCCGCAUUGGAACUGGUAGCAUUGACUCUCUUGCUGUAUUUGUGGGUUUCUUGACUUUGGAUCUUUUUCAUCAGUGCCCUGAGAUUGAUGAGAUUAGCUGUCCUCAAGUCCUGUUUUUAUCUUGCCUCUUUGUUUCCUUUCUUUCUCUUGAAUGCCAUCAUUUCAUCCAUCCACUCUAAAGACCUUGCUUGACUGCUGUAACAGAAAUAAAACAAGGCCAUCCUAUGAAUCCAAGAAACAGCUGUCAAUACCCUUUUCACACUUGGGUUGUAUUUCCUGGCCUGGUGAAAGUUCCUCAGCAGAAAUUUCUCCAUUAAUGUCCUGAUCUUGCCCUGUUCUCUGUGGCAGCCUUUGUACCUCUACUUCCAAUUCUUAACCCAUUUCCCUUCCUUGUUUUGUUUAUGUUUGUGGCUGGGAAGAGGUGAUAAGAAACAUAUACUUAAAGCUUGAUAAUUCUUUUAAUUUCAUUUCAGUUUCUUUUUUUUUUUAAUCUGUUAAAUACAGGUAAAAGUGAAAUUUAAUGCUUUUUAAAAAUUAAAAAUAGCAUAUGUGGUAUGAUGCUAACAUUAUAAAAUUAAUCUCAAUAAAUUAAUCCUUCUACCAUCCAUUCCAAACAUCUAUCCAUCCAUUCUUUUUUUCAUAUUUUGUUUUAAAUUUUUUAUUAUGGAAAUUUUAUUUUUAUAGAGUAGAGAGAACAGCAUACUGAAUACCUGUGUGCUUAUCACCCGACUUCAAAACCUGGGACCAUUCUGCUGUUCUUUUUUACCUACCCACAUCCCACACUAUUUUUCUUUUCUUUUUGAUCCUAGAAAACAUAUAAUUUCACUUGAAAAUACUUCAGCUUGUACCCUUUUUUAAAAAACAUGACCCCAAUACCACCAUCGUAUCCAAGGAAAUAAACAGUGAUUCUGUUUAUUUCAAAUACUAAAUACUGGGUAUCUGUUUAUCAUCAGAUACACAGCCAGUGUUGAGUUUUUCCUGAUUAUCUCAAUUACCUUGUUUUACAGUUCUUUUGUUUGAAACAGGAUCUAAAAACAAGGACCAAAUAUUGUGUUUGAUAUGUUUCUUAGAUCUGUGACAAUUCCCUACCCCCACCCUCCUUUAUUUUAUGUCAUUUAUUUGUUCGUGUUACCUGGGUCAUAUAUUUUUAAAUUUCCUGUAUUUUAGAUUGCAGUGUUGACUAACAUGCUCCUCUACCACUUAAAUGUCCUGCAAAGUGGAAGUUAGAGCUGAGCCUGGAUGAGAUUCAGGUUCAACUUUUCCUCUCUUUUCGUAGGAAGCCUUCAUAGGUGGUGCUGGGUACUUCCAGUUACCCACCGGGAUUGGAUCAUGCUGCUUUCAGUGAUGCUAAGACUGACCAUUGGGUUCAGCUGUGGUCACCGGGACCCCUCCACUACAAAGUUCUUCAUCUUUUCAUCUCAUGUUUUAGUAGCCACUGAGUACUUAUUUCACUAAAGGUUGCAAAAUGUUGCCUUAUAAAUUCUAUUGUUUCUCUUACAUUUAUUAGCUGUGGUUCUUCUAUAAAGAACGUUCCUCAUCAGUUGUUUAGGAUUGUAAAAAUCUUAUAAUAAAGUCAAAUUAGAUGCUUGGUUCUUCCCCUUUAUCAAUUGUCAGAAUGAGUUAGUGCCCUAGCAAAGAUAACGAAUAAAGUUUUUUUUUUUUUCCUUUUUUGAGGGGGUGGGUGUAUUAUGAAUUUACAUAUCUUUUAAAUGUUUGAUGUGCUUCAAUCCAUCACAUUGAUAAAAUCUUUUGAUGUACUUACUUUGACCAGUUGGAGCCCCUUCAGAUUGGCUUCUACAUCAUUUUGAUGUGACCCUAAUAGUUUUUGAUAGUCAUAGGUUAUCUUUUAUAUAUUCUGCCCCAGACUUGGAUUAAGUAAAGGAGUAGCCCUGGUUCCUUUUAAUGGGAAAUAUUGAGAGAUCACAUAUAGGUGUUAGAGGAGCUAAUUGCUACUGGUGGUAUCAUUUUUAAGUUUCAGUAGGUAGUGCUAGGGAAAAAAGUAUAGUCUUAGAGAAAAAUGAAUCAUAAGUUUUUACUAGUGUUUUCAAUUAAAAUAGAUUACAGGUUUUUACUUAAUUCUCUUUGAUUUUAUGUUUGUUUCUCUUUUACCCUUAAAACUUUGAUUCCUAACAACCUGACAUUACUUAUCUAUUUUAUCUUACUAUGUAUAUUAAAGAUUCAAAAUAACAUCAAUAUUAUUACUAAGAUUAAACUUACUGGAUGCAGUUUUUCUCCCCCCUUCAGUACAGUUUAAGAUUUAUUUUUAUGCAAAACUGAAAUAUAGUCAAAAGACUAUUUCAAAGUAACUUAAAUUCUUUACUGUGUGUGAAGUUAGGUUUGUUUGUUUUUAAUUCUUAAGAGUUUUAUGUAUUUUUUUUUAAUUUAAUUUUGCUUUUUAAACUGCAUUUACCUUUCUCUGAGGUGAGGGGGAAGAAUUAAGUCAGUAAAUCUCAGUGAGUCCGUGAGGAUCGGCAACUGUUCCAGCACCAUGGCCUUGUUUCUCUUCUAAUUUGCCAUUUUCCUUCCUGUUUCACUCUUUAUCCAGUCUUUUGGAUUACUGGAAAAAAAUCUAUUUUGGAACAAGAUAGGCAUAUGUAAACAUUCAUAAAAAUAGAAUGAUUAAGCCAUAGCAGGUCAUCCACCAAUCCCUCUGUAACCAAAACUUGAUUUUCACCCUUCCCUGAGGUGGUUUUGCUGCUUCUUCAGCAUGUCUGCUGUAAUUAGUGAUCCUGUGAUAUUUGAAGUUGUAAAGACUCUUUGCUCUGGCAUACUCAAAGUAUGUUUUCUAGUCAACUGAAAUGUUCUUUCUCUUCUGUGCGCUAAGGGGUCUGAGAAGCCCAUGGUGAGCGAAUACCCCUCCCCUUCCCUCCUCUCAGUCCCCCUUCCCUCCGCCCUAGGGUGCCAGCGAGCUAGGAAGAUGGGGUCUCUGCCACCCCAGAGCUGAUCAGCUCACGAUAGGAAUUCCCAAGACUCCCAGGCCUGUGGGCUGAGUGGAAAGGGUGUAUAAGGUGGGUUGGGUGCAGGGGAUGGAGAACAAGCGAGUAGGUGUGUACCAGAGUAUUAGGAGGGACCUGAAGACAGAUCAGCUGUGGAUAUCAGCAUGACCUGUGAUACCACUGAACUCUUUUUCUUUAUUCUAGAAGAAUGUGCACAAGUAAUGCAAAUAUGAUGAUUGACAGUCCCUAGGACUAGGAAACUUGGGGAAGGGAAUGUUCUCAUUACUUGAUGAUGUAAAUAUCGAUGUUAUGUUUAAUGUUUUCUAAAGAGAUGCUUAUUUCCUGCUUAAAUAAUCUAAGCUGAGUAAAUAGCUUUUAAAAAAUUCACUGACAGUAUUAGGGGCCUGAUAUGUAUUUGGCCUGAGGGUGUUUUAUUAGUACUGCUGUGUUUUUCUCUCUGGUGUGACAUGCAUUAUGUACAUGGGGGGCUUGGGAAGAUGUAGGCUUUGCUUUGCAUGGACUUUUUUUAGAUUUUAAGUUUUCUGUGAUCUCAUGCAUUGUACAUACUAAUGCUACCACAUCCCUGCAAGUGUUAAAUAAACUGUGGCUCUUCAGUAUUA